AUGCUGAACUUCUACCAGAGGCAUCGGCUAAGGAUUCUGAAAACUACCUAUGUUUUGCUUAUCUUAGCCAUGUUCAAGAGUCUGCAAGCGAGACCCAAAGUUUCCCGCGUCGAAGACCGGCUGGAUCAGUCGCAAUUGAAGCCUACACAGGCAAAAGUGAACGCGCUCCUUGAUUCUAGCAACGAGACUGAAACGGAGCUGGACUCGCAGUCGACCGACGAAAAUCGCAAGGACGAUUUGAGUUCGAAUAUACCCCCAGAAUCUGUCUCGUCGCGCGUAAACUUUCUGAUUAAGCUGAUUAUCAAAGACCGGAAAUGCAUGGCUUUGUUUUUAUUCCAGGCCACGCUUUUGGUCGCUCGUACGGUUCUGUCGCUUCGCGUAGCAACGCUGGAUGGCCUUUUGGUAUCUAGACUGGUCAAGGCCGAGUACCGCAAGUUUCUACAAGUGCUUUUGGGACAGUGGAUGGUUUUGGGGAUUCCCGCCAGCAUCAUCAAUUCCUUGAUCCAUUACACUACUCGCUUAUGCGCUGUGACAGUGAACCGCAUUGUAUCAACCCAUCUGCUUGACCGUUACAUGUCAUCGCAUCAUACUUUCUACGCAGUCAACGCAAUUCCUCAAGGAGAUAGGCAAUUAGUAACUUACAACUCUACGGUGGGAGUAAGCAACGAUACUGAAGAGUUAGCUCGCUCCGACCUCUCUGUGCAAUAUUUGACUCGCGACGUUGGUGCUUUUUCCUAUAACUUAUCGGUACUCCUGAACCAACUACUAAAGCCCACUCUAGACCUACUGCUAUGCUCAUUUAAGUUGGUUUCCAGCGCAAACGGUGGCAUGAUGGGUGAGGGCACCCUUGCGUUAGGAAUUAUUGUUCACGUUAGCAAUUUGGUGCUCAAAAUGAUUCAACCAAACUUCACAAAAUUAGCGAUUCAAAGAACUCAUUUGGAGGGAAUCUUUAGAAGUCUGCAUUCCAAAAUUCACUUGAGCAAUGAAGAAAUUGCUCUGAUGAAGGGUCAAUCUACGGAGCUUUGGAAUCUGGAUUACAAAUUCUACCAAUUAGCCAUCUUCUUGAACAGAGAACUCAAAUUACAUUCCAUUUAUGACUUUGCCACUACUUUCAUCAUCAAGUACACCUGGGGUGCUGCUGGUCUUGCGUUAUGUUCGAUACCUAUUUUUUUCCAAAAACAACAUGGCCAAGAUAUUACCGCUGAGUUUAUCACCAACCGAAGAUUAUUGCUCACUGCAUCGUCUUCAGUUGGUAGAUUUGUGCAGCUCAAAAAAAGUAUCCAGCAGUUGAGAGGUGUAUCCUUGCGACUAAAUCAAUUCAACAACAGGCUUGACGUACCUAACAAUUCUACCGAUUUAGAAAAAACAGAUUCGUUGAUAGAAUACGAUGACUCCAAGAUUCAAUUUAUUAAUAUUCCCUUAGUUACACCAACAUUGCAAUUACUGAUACCAGAACUGAACUUCGAACUGAGACAUGGAGACCACCUUUUAAUCAUUGGGCCAAACGGAUGUGGCAAAUCAUCGCUGUUCAGGGUUCUAGGGGGUUUAUGGCCUAUCAUGAAAUCUUUCACACACCCGGAAAAGCAAUCGAAACUCAUUAUGCCACCCAGAGUUGGACCAAAUGGUGAAAAGCCUAUCUUCUACCUUCCUCAGAAGCCCUUUAUGGGCAACAAGUUCACCUUCCGCGAGCAAAUGAUUUACCCCGAUACCAUGGAUAAAUUCGAUGCCAAAUAUGGCGGAGACUACGCAAAUGGUGAUAAGGAGCUCAUUGAAAUUUUGCAUGUCUUAGAAUUAGAUGACCUUUUAACUGAAAACAUGUCAAUUGUCAUGGCAUCAUCAGCGGACAAAGUCAAUAAAGAAUCCGAAGUCUCUACUCAGGAUGCUUUCAACGUAAUCCGAAAUUGGGCCGAGGAACUUUCUAUUGGCGUGCAACAAAAGCUUGCAAUGGCUAGAAUGUAUUAUCAUAAGCCGAAAUUUGCUGUACUUGACGAGUGCACGUCGGCAGUCUCUCCACAGAUGGAGCAGGAAAUGUAUUCCCACGCACAACUGCUCAAUAUUUCUUUAAUAUCCGUUUGUCACAGAACCACACUGUGGCACUUUCACAACUAUCUGUUGAAAUUCGACGGCAACGGUGCGUACGAAUUUGGCCAUUUUAAUCCGCAGCAAAGACUUGAGGAUGAGGAAAAGUUAAUCGAGCUGAAUGCGCGGUUGGAGAAGGACGUACCGUUGUGGACGAAAAGACUUCAGGAACUCGUUAUUGCUAGAAAAUCCAAUGUUCUCAGGAAGUCUCAAACAAACUUGACCUCUCUCACCUCGAGAAGAAACUUGUUGUUAACUCCUAAGGCAGUCGAUGCAUAG